AGAUAAAUUCGUCCCGAGAGUAGAUGUCAGCACGUGCUGCGAACAGUGCGAAUUUCCCUCGUCGCAAGUCCGCGGGUCGUCCCGGAGCGAAUAGGAGUUCGAAGAAGAGUCUCGUCAGAAGCCUCUCUCGGCGACGGAAACGCGUAUCCGAAUCAGAGUCCGAGACCUCGUCGCCGCCUCGCCGGUUGUUGUUGCUCGUUCGUUUCGUUGUGCGUGGAAAAAAAUGGCGUCCCUGGCGGGUGUCCGGCUGCUGGCGAGGAACGCCGGCUGCCUCAGGAUCAACUCGCUCAAUCGGCUGUGCUGCGGCGCGCUCGUUCAGAUGCGAUGCGAGCAGAGGCUGCUGUUGCAUCACGCCGCGCGGACCACGCUUGUCGUGCCGCAGGGCUUAAGGGACACACGCGUCAAGCAGGUGCGCCAGUACAGUCAUAAGGAUCCGCUAACCCUUGACAUUAUCAGUCAGCGGGUGCUCUUGGUUCUGAAACUUUAUGACAAAAUUGAAAGCACAAAGCUGAGCCUGGAGUCGCAUUUCAUGGACGACCUGGGUCUGGACUCCCUGGACCACGUGGAGAUCAUCAUGGCGAUGGAGGACGAGUUCGGCUUCGAGAUCCCGGACAUGGACGCGGAGAGGCUACUUAAACCCAAGGACAUAGUGCGCUACGUCGCGGACAAGGAGGACAUAUACGAAUAACACGCCUCGUGUAUUAUUUAUAUGCGCUUAGUCGGAACAUCCGCCGUUGUUUCGGCCGGAGACAACGGAUCCACAGCUAUUUCUUUUACCUUGCUGUCGCCAUUGUUUUUUUUUUCUGUAUAUAGGUCACUCAUCACUAUGUGAAUAAAAAAAUAUGCGAAUUGUUA